AGUUAGCAACAGUGAGCGAUAGACUUUAAAUACUUUGGCCAACAGAUACGAUAGCCAUAACAAAGCUGAUAUCUUGACAUAUCGUUACCUGAAACACGUUAUAGAGGAUUUUAUCUCUACAUUUUAUUUAACGUUUUAAAAAGCAGAUUUUUGCUCUGUUGGCCAUAUUCAUGGAUAUGGGAAGUAACAUAAGCAGUCGAUUGUGAUUAUAAUUAUCGUUUUGAAGUUAAAUGUUAAAACACAGGUGUUUCGCCGCUUUAGCAGACGCUGCGUAUGAUUUCUGUCAUCUUGUGCCGGAGAACAGCAACAAGCUGUUGCCUACAAGCUGUUAAACAGAACUUUUGAUAAGUAUCCCAGGAUGGCUUUCAUUGGCCGGUAAUUGCUGACCAGACCUGCGUUCAAGCUUGAUCAAAUGUGCACCGGUUGACCACUGAGGGGAAAAAAGACUAUGAAUUUUAACUAUAGCGAAAGUUUAAACUUGACUGUGACCUUAGAUAACCGGACGAUUGGUGACCGUAAGCAAUUCAAUGGAACGCUGGAAAUUUAUGAAUUCCAUCAGGUAGCACAAAUCACCUUCUUGGCCGUGCUGUUUUGCCUUAUUACGGUGGGGAACCUAUUGGUGCUGGCGACGGUAAUUCAAGAACGCAGAAACGGAAAGAGACUUCGCAUGAAUUUCUUCGUUCUCCAUCUGGCGCUGGCUGACCUGUCCAUGGCGGCGUUUUACGUCUUGCCGGAUCUAAUCCACAGAGUGACGGUGAUAUGGCACGGGACGGACGGACUUUGUAAACUAUACAAGUUCAUGCAGGUGCUAUCCGCUUAUGGCUCUACCUACAUCAUCGUUUCAAUGAGCAUAGACCGCCUGGACGCUAUAUUGUGCCCCAUGAAAUUCAUCACCAAAGACCUGUCCAUGGCGGCGUUUUACGUCUUGCCGGAUCUAAUCCACAGAGUGACGGUGAUAUGGCACGGGACGGACGGACUUUGUAAACUAUACAAGUUCAUGCAGGUGCUAUCCGCUUAUGGCUCUACCUACAUCAUCGUUUCAAUGAGCAUAGACCGCCUGGACGCUAUAUUGUGCCCCAUGAAAUUCAUCACCAAAGGUCGACGUGCAGUCAUACUCGUGGUCACCGCGUGGGUUAUGGCCGCCAUUUUGGCCACACCCACCCUAAUAUUAUUUCAAGAGAUGGAGCUAGCCGAUGGCCAGAUGCAGUGUAUCUCAACAAUGUUCAUAGACGUCUAUAAGGCGCAGGUUUACAUGGUGCUGAAUGCCACCGCCAUGCUGUUUAUACCCGCCAUCUUGAUCACGUGCUGUUAUGUACUCAUCGGCUAUAAACUGUGGAAAAAGAGCGGCGGAACCACCGGAAACAGCUUUGCUUUCACUGAUAGAAGUUCGAAAAAAGUCCGACACAGAAGACAAUUUACAGCGAAAAAGUUUCUUGCGUCACCGUGAGUGUCAGCAGAGCUCUAGUGGACUGGUGCCACAUGCCCGGAUGAGGGCUAUCAAGAUGACAUUUGUCAUCGUCAUUGCUUUCCUGGUAUGUUGGAGUCCAUACUUUAUCUUCAACUUAAUGUUUGUCUAUGGAGUCUACCUAGAACAAAACCACAUGGCGGUGGUGAACUUUAUCCAGAGCUGCGCACCCCUUAACGGCCUCCUCAACCCUAUCAUCUACGGCAUCUUUAACACCACGGCCUGCGCGCAGUUGAAAAAUAGAUUGAGGAAGGCGUGUCCACGUCAAUGGCAGAUGCAGCUCAUGCGAAAUUACUCAACUAGAUCAACUUACGACACUGCCCUCGCCACUGACACUCCGUCCAUUACUGUAUGACGUCAUAUCACAGCGUUACGUCAUAUCACAAUAUGACGCCACAUCAUGUUGCAAUUCUGUUUAGUAACCGAGAGAUGCUCAUGCUCAUUUCAAAGGGUUGGCGCUUCGAUGGGUUUUUAAUUUAUCAUACGAUUUUAUUCAAGGUACCGGGCAAUGGCGUGCUACGCAUAAUAAACUGACUGCGUUCAAGCAGCAUUUGUUGAUGGAAUCACCUACACAUAGUAUAACAGAGCCGUUAGGAACGUACUACAUGAAGAUAACCAGGAAAAAGUCUAUAUGGAAGUAAUGGAUAUUGGACAUCUUUCUACCAGGAGCAUCAAAUCAAAGAAAAAUGGAUAUGUGAUCCGACUCAAGAAAAAAUGUGUCUUAUACAUAAAAACUCACACAUUACUUUCAUAAAGAAACAUGUUUUUGUCAUAAAGGUAUCAUAACACUGCAGAUUGUGAUGUCACACCUAGCACAAUGAUGACACGUUAUGCAGGACAGGACGUCGCAUCUCACGUAUAAAAUAUAAUCAAAUGUCACAUCUCACAAAAUGGAUAAUUAAUGUCUAACACAACAUUGUCACCAACUGUAGACUCGGAUGUCACAUCUAAUGCAAUGGUACUUUAUUCUAAGCCCCCAUAUUCAAAUUAUUAAUUUUACAUUUCAAUAAGUAUGACACUACAUAUAAUACAAUGGGGUGAUAUCGAAAAGCCAAAGAGGUCGUGCCUAAUUUAAUGCUGUCACGCUUCAAAAACUUUGACGUUAGAUCUGAUGCAAUAAUGUUAUAUACCAGCAAAAAAGUACUGUACAUCCUAAAGGGAGUCACAUGAAGCGAAGGUAACCCAUAUAUGAUGUCAAACAGCAAUGCUAAGGAAUUUAUCGGAUAGAAAAAUAUCAUUGAAGUGGACGUCGCAUAUAAUAUCAGAUAAAGGACGAUAUAAAGAAUAAUAUACUUCAUCUAAAUAUAGUGGAAAUGUCGCAUAUGAUUGUAAUUCUGCUGCAUAAUCUGCACAGAAAAACAUUAAAAUUUUUACAUUGUGCUUUCACGUCAAUAAUGUAUAAAACGUAUUUCUAAGAAUCUUGAUGUUUCAUUUAUAUCUUAAUUCUAAAACACCUCUUGACGUCAUUAA